AGGUGACAGCCCCACAGGAGCACUGGGGGCUGCUGGCGACACCCGGGCGCCAUUCCCUUCCUUCCCCUGCCCCUCCGUGCUCCCGAUCACUGCUGGCGGGCGGGGGCCGCAGCGCUACCGGGCGCCCUUGGGGAUCACAUUCCUCAGCCGCGCCUCCGGCCGCGCAGCGGGGAACCGGGCAGCCGCCCUCGCCCCCAGGGCGCCACGCCUGCGGCGCCCCCCGGCCGCUCCCGGACAGACGGAGCCCGGCGGGCUCAGGGACGCCGCAUUCCACGGCCCUCGCACCCACCCGGCGGCGGGGCCCGCGGGCGGGGAGCUCUGCGGGGGGAACUACAGCUCCCAGCACGCUCCCGGGGCCGCCAGGGGCGGUGCUCGCUGCCGGGGCCCUUCCUUUUCUCUCCCGGCAGCUGCCGCCCGCGCUUCCGCUGCUUGCCGGAAGGCCGGGGUGAGCGGCGGGCUGACCGGGGGGAAAGCGGCAGCUCUCCGAAUGGCUUCUUUUGGGUGGAAGAAAAAGAUUGGUGAGAAAGUUUCAAAAGCAACUUCUCAGCAGUUUGAAGCAGAAGCUGCGGAUGACAAGGAUCUGGCUAAUGAUGAUGAUGCUAACUGGGUGCAUGCAACUAAGAGAAGAAAGGAAAUUCUGUUAGAAGACUGUGUAAAGAAAAGCAAGGAGCUGAAGGAUGAAGGUGCAAAUUUGGCUGAAAAUAGGAGGUAUCGAGAAGCUAUUCACAAGUGGGAUGAAGCACUUCAGUUAACUCCAGAUGAUGCUACGCUUUAUGAGAUGAAAUCGCAGGUCCUGAUGUCUUUACAUGAAAUGUUCCCAGCAGUUCAUGCAGCAGAAAUGGCUGUCCAGAGAAACCCACGUUCCUGGGAUGCCUGGCAGACUUUGGGACGUGCCCAGCUUGGAUUAGGAGAGAUCGCACUGGCAAUCCGAAGUUUCCAGGUAUCCUUACACACCUUUCCAAUGAACCCUGAAGUAUGGAAAGAGGACCUUUCCUGGGCAAGAAAACUACAGCAACAGCAAAAAGCAACAAAGACUGAGGCAGUCCAAGCACUGGCAAAAGAAAAAGAGCUUGCACAAGAAUCAAUCCCAGACUACGACUUUGAAAGUGAUGAAAUUGUGGCAGUCUGCGCUGCCAUUGCAGAAAAGGAGAAAGCUCUUGCAGCAGCUAAAACGGUAGUGAUUGUGUCUGCUUCAGGCACAGUAGAGACACUUACUGAGAAGGAAGAUUGUCCUACAACUCUGGAUGAAACCCUUUUCAUCAGAGCCCGAUAGGGCAGCCUUAUGUUUUGCCAGUACUGUUUUUAAAAACUUAGUGUUAUUUAUUGUAUUGGGCUUGCUUUGGUUUUGUGUUUUAAGCAGUGGGAGAGCCUACAAAAGUUAAAGAAUUGAAGUUAUUUUCUUUGGUAAAUUGAAAAAGCAAUUACUUGAGUUGUUGUUCCAUCCAUAUUUUUGGAGAAAGCCAAGAGCUGAUUCUAAAAAAUCUUAUGAACAAAUGUAAUGUUAAAGUGCUUAACUACAUUCUAAUAACUGUUUUAUCUUUCUGUAUAUCAUAAUUUUACAAGUGAAUCCCUACAUUUUCCCAGUAAUUAAUAAGCUUUUAUUUAAACUCUAAAAGAGAAAGGGAUUUUUAAAAAUAUCUAUUUCAAUCCUUAUUCAUUAACGUUAUUUAUCUUCCAGUUAAAGUGUGAACUGUUCUCUGUUAACAGAAGUCUUUAUAUUCAUUAAGAUUACUUUUUCUGUGAGGAAGUUUCAUGUGAAGCAGAGAUGUAUUAUUAUUUUGCUUUUGUGUAUGUGAUAGAUCUGGCAUCUGGUUUGUAGUCAAAUGAAACCAGCAGAAACCUUUAUGUUGCUCUCAUAGGUGAAUAAGUUAAACACUUUCUGAUUAGGUGAAAAGAAAUGCUAUACCGAAUAAGCACAUGAAUGCUUAGUUACUAAUAAAUGUUUCAUCAGAAAAAAGAACAUUCAGCUGAGGCUGAAACUGGUCUUUCCUUGAGUGCUGUGCUACAGCUCAACGGUGGGAGUUGGAAAUAGGUAUGCCUGAAGUUUAUUGCGUUCAGUGUUUUCUUUCCUGGUGAGGCUAAUCUGAUAAAGGGAGACAAUUUGUUUUCCUACUUCUUAAGACCUGCCAUUUAAAGUAUGUUCUUAGUGAACCAGUUCUUGAGGGCAGCAUUGCCCUAGUCUCCCUUUUUAUCCUUUUUGGAUUUUGGAUGCUGUGGUGAGUAUUCACAUUGUCUUAACUUAGAGGUGUAACGCAGGAGAUUUGUUUAAUGUUCAUUUUUCUUUAGGGGAAGUUGGCCAUUGGUUCUUCACAUGGGCAGUUCAGAGAAACAAAGUCAGGCUGUUUCUUCGAUGUGCUCUGUGCUGACACUGCUGUCUUUUCAUUGUCUUGGAGACAUGGUAGAGAUGGUCACCUCCUAACUGGACUGGAAAAAAUGUCUGCUGAGGAACUCCCACAGAAUUCAGGAUUGGGAACACAUCAUUUCACUUGAUUUUUAUAAUAUUUUGCAUUAUAAAAACAUUAUAAUAAUAGUUUUGUAGACAAGUGAAACCUUUGGAAAUCAGUCAUUUUGCAUUUUUCAUAUUUGACUUCUGUUUUCAAAAUAACAUAUUUUUAAAGGAAAUAAUGUUGCUUGAGAAGCAUAGUGAUUUUUGCAAUAGAAUGUGUAUUGUAGAAGAAACUGUCUAUCUCCAGUCAUACUUUCAGCUGAAUAUCUUUAUUUAAGAGGAGACUUACAGUCUUUGGAGAUAGUAAUGAUCCCUUUCAAAAACUUGAUUGCCAUGUUGUACUUGCAAAAAUCAAUGAAAAUUUAGUAAAAUUCUUCCUGAAUAUAUUUUUGUAUAUGUGUGAAUUUUUAGAUCUGUGCUUGCACACACACACAAAAUUUACCCUUCUUAACAUCUCCUGAGUAUUCAAAAUAGUUACAGUGACUAAAAUAUAUUAAGAAAUGUAAAACAUCACCAUGCUACAUUUUUAUUUGUUCAUUCAAGACUGAAUAGGCAUUUGAUUAAGAUACAGUUUGAUAGCUAGUUUAAGUUGUCCCUUUUGAAGAAUUUCAUAAUCUUGUUUUUCCUAACGACUUAAAUAAUACAAUCUGUUCAGCCAUAGAAGGAGUUAGUAUGAGAAGGAUUUGGACAGAUUUCUUCAACGAAGAGUCAUUUUCUGGCUAGGAAAGGAAAUGUUGUAAGAAGCUGUAAGGUGUGUUUUCACUUCGAAGGAGCUUGGCUAUAAUCCAACACAUCUUUUCUUUCUUUGUGCUUUAUACUUCCGUCAGUGUUAUGUAUUUACUCAUACAGGAAGGACUGCCUCCCUCUUUUCAAAAGUCUAUCACAGAAUCUGUUUCUACUGAAAUGAUUCACAAAAUUCCUAUUAACUUCAGCAGUGCUGAACCAAACAAAUGGAGGGGUGUGCACCUACGCCACCAGCCAGAACAGCCAUGCUGGCUUUGAGGGGUGGUUGUUUCCAUCACUGGUAGUAAAUGUGUUUUCCUUCUGAUUAGAUCAGGUUAUGAAUUCUAGGUAUUUUCAGGACCAUAGUGUCUUGUAAAGCAGAUACAUUCUCUUGACACUGUUAUUCUCAAACUGGGAAGCAAGUUCAAAAAUUUAUGAUUUCAACAUUGUUUUUUGUACAGUAGGCCAUGUUUUGCAUGUAUGGGAUUUUUCGGAUCUGUUUGAAUAAAAUACUGACUUCUCUGCUGCUUA